AGACACGAAAUCUAUUUAUUAGGUUAAAUUUUGUUAGUAAACAAUGCACAAAUAUUCGCCGAUUUCUCCCCCAAUUGGGGAGGGAUCUUUCGGAAGAGUGUACAAAGCAGUUGAGAAAGAUACCCAGAAUGUUGUGGCCCUGAAGAGAAUCCUCAAGACGGGCAGAUCUUCCAGUGAAAUAAAGAAUCUUCGCCGGGAAUAUGAGAUUCAGAUGAAAUUGAGACACCCCAACAUCAUCCGGAUGCUGGAUUCCUUUGAGACAGCCAAGGAAAUUGUCGUUAUCACGGAAUUUGCACAGUGUGACCUCCACACACUUCUCCGGGAGGGAUCAAUUGGAGAGCCCCGAACAAGGAGACUGACCUAUGAUCUUGUUUCUGCCCUCUACUACCUUCACUCCCAUCGAAUCCUUCAUCGUGAUCUCAAGCCACAGAACAUCCUCAUUGACAGAGAAGAGCAUGCGAAGCUGUGUGAUUUUGGACUUGCCCGGAAUAUGACAAUUGGGACUCAUGUUCUGACCUCCAUCAAGGGAACCCCUCUGUACAUGGCCCCGGAAAUUAUGCUGGAGAAGCCGUACGAUCAUCUGGCAGAUUUGUGGUCUCUUGGUUGCAUAAUUUACGAAUGCCUCGCCGGGCAGCCACCCUUCUGCACAAACAACAUCGUCCAGCUGGUAAAGUCCAUCCAGCGGAACGACGUGAAGUGGCCCAGCUUCCUAACUGACUGUUGCAUCUCAUUCCUUCAAGGUCUCCUUGAGAAAGAUCCCACAAUUCGAUCAACGUGGCAGGAUAUUCUCACGCAUGAAUUUGUGAAAGAUAACAUUUUAAUACUCAGCGAAGACAUUCCUGAAUCUCCAUUCACAAAUCCCCUCACUGCAUCCCAGUCGAAAGAGAAGGAGCGUCAAACGGAAAUGCUGCUGCACGAUGGUCGACGCCUGGGCAGGAUUCCACCACUCACGACACCAGGUCUGGCUCUGCUUCCUCCAGCCCUUAAGAAUCUUCCGCAUGCUGAAGAUGCCGUCUCCUCUCGCGAUAGUACUCAUGCCAUCCUCCAGAGUGACUUGGAACCCCUUGAAACGGACACCGAGGAAGCAACACGGCGGAAUGAAACGAGUGAGGAGACCGAAAAGAAUCCUUUGUAUGUUUCCGGGAACUCCAAUAUGGUUAUUGGGCGGAUGAAUGAUAUUUUUGGCAGCACCGCAACAGACAAAUCUUCUCCGGGAAAACCUCCCAAAACUCCAAAGGACGUCAACGCACGUACCAAUCAGAAGAGAUCGAAAAACAAUGAGCUGGAACGGAAGAAACUCAGUCAGAAUCUCAGUAAUUUCUCCCUGAGACUUGAAUCUGGUGCUGAAGAUGGUGAUAAGCCCAACGGAGAGGAUUGUGAAAGGAAAGGAAUGGAGAAGAAGCAAAUAAAAUCUGUUGCCUCAUCAGCUGCUACUGAUCCUGAAGCAGCAGAAAAUCGCCUUCCGGAACUCUCACCCGGAUGGGAUUCAUGCGAUGACACACAGAGUUCACCGAUUGAAAAUGAAGAAUGGCUGGCAUUCAUCCACAGGUCAAUGCAGGAGAUUCUCGAUGGGGAAUUGGAUUCGCUGAAACAACAAAAUUUGGUCAGCAUAAUUGUCUCCCCGCUGAGAAAUUCCAAAGCUUCGUGCAAAGUUGUGGAGAGUGUUGCGCAACUUCUUAGUUUGCCAUUUAUCCUCGGUGGCCCUCCGAGUAUCCUCCUGGACAUUCGAAGUGUCUAUGUGGAGGUUAAACUUGUGCCAAAUUUGGUCUAUGCAUCCAAGUUAUUGACUUGCAAGAGGGAUGUGGAGACACCAGAUAGUCCUUCACCCAUUCAAAAUGCCAACUACACAUGUAAAACACUGAAAGAUCUCACACAGGAAGAAGUAAAGACUCUGGCGAGUCUCUAUGAACUUGUCUGCCAUUUGGUACAUCUCAGCGAUAGCUGCCUUAGCCAAUUCUGCGAUGCCCUCGCAGUCUUGGGAGCUACUAAUCUCCUUGUCAACUUUAUCUGCUCAGACAGCAACAACCGCCACAAUGUACGUCUUAUGGGUACAAUUGUGGCAAUUCUGGCUUGCACCAUCAGGGAAAUGCCGGAAAAUGCAUAUCUCGUUGAGAAAAUAGUCUUUGACGAGAAAGUGGAUCUCGUGAAAUUCCUCAAGCACAACAGCAACCUUCUGCGCUACCGAACGUGCACCCUCCUACGCAUUUUGGGUCGUUUCAGCUGUGCCAGCCUCCAGACAAAAUGGUCCAGUGGCAUGCGUGAAACCCUAGAGGUCCUCGUGCACGACUCCGAUGAGCAAGUGCGAAAUGAAGCCGAGUCGGUUUUGAUGGAGUUCAGAAAUCUCUCCUUCUACAUACCAGUUGACGAUGCUUAAUUGCCAAUGUGACGCGAUAGCACAUUGAAAUUUCCUUACACAAAUUAUGUGACGCCGGUGUGUUUGUUGGAUUUCUCUUAUAAACUUUCAAUUUAAGAAAAAUGUGCUCUCAUCCCACUUUUUCCAUAAAAUGCUACAAAUUCGAGAAAAAAAAUUCAUCACACUGCAGACGAUCCAAGCAAAUCUCACACAUCGGGCUGAGAGACAUCAAUAGCCGCAUAAGUGAGUGGGGUGACGGGGGAUGCCGAUGCACAUAAAAAGCUCGUGCGCCACAAGGGAAAUUGAAAUUUUCUACUAACAUAUAUUUAAAAUGCAUGUUUUCGCGUUCCUCCAUCAUUUUGCUCAAUUAAGAAAAGGAAAAGAGAGACGACACUGUGUGUAUGAAAAAAAAAUGAUUGUAUUUUUCUGCAUGUGGACAGUGGGAAAGUGCUUCUUCUUUCUGGUACAGAUUUCUGUUUUUAACGUGCCACAAACAGCAUGAUUUCGCCCGGCACCAACACCAUCAUUGGCGCAUAAACCAUCUCUUAGUACGAAAGGCAAUAAAAUGAUUAUAACAAACACUGUACAUUUAGUUAUGCUCAAAUAUAAAAAAGUUUAGAGCCAAAAA